GUUACCAAAUAGAGCUGACAUUCAAGCAUGAUGAUGGAUCUUACAGCCUUCACGGAAUGAGAGAUGCCUCUGGUAACACUUGGUUAACUGCAUUCGUAAUGAAGACAUUUGGAGGGGCAAAGAAGUAUGUAUUCAUAGAUCAGACACAUAUCGACCAGGCAAAGACUUGGUUGAGUCAGCAGCAGCAGACAAAUGGGUGCUAUGCCUCAGUGGGCCCAUUCGUUUACAGUUUAAUGAGGGAUGGAGUCAGUGAUCAUGUCACUCUAACUGCAUACAUAACCGCAGCUCUGUUGGAGAUGGGCAUAAAUAAAUCU